AGCGAGGGAACGAGGGAGAGAAAAAGGAAGGGGUCCUAGAUAAAUACCAGUUAAUGGGUCAUAAUGAGGCUUAACGACAGACGAGACCUUCCUACUGAAUACAGAGAACAGCAGAAACAAACAAAUGAUAACAACAAUCAUAACAACUGCGUCCGCCUCCGUCUUUGUAGGCGUCACAUGAUAAAGGUGACAAGCAAUGAGUCGUCUGCUCCCAUUUCUUUAGAAUCUCCCCACAGAGAAAGCCAACACAGUUUGGCCUUUACUGAAGAUGACAAAACCCAUACAUUUGGGCUCUUCAGUAAUCGAAUGAUUUUCAUGAAUGUAAAGGACGUCCACAGACCAACAUUUUACACACCAACCAAUGUGCUAUUUGGUCCAAUAUUGAUAGGAAGCCACUGAGGAAAAACUAUACUGCAGACGAGAUGAACACCUCCAUCCAUGUGCUUUAACUGACUACUUUGUGGCCCAGGACUGGACACAAGACUGGACACGAGACUGGACACAAGACUGGACACGAGACUGGACACGAGACUGGACACAAGACUGGACACGAGACUGGACACAAGACUGGACACGAGACUGGACACAAGACUGGACACAGGACACAAAGCCAAGAGCAACAAAGCAAAGAGAAACAUACAAAAGGAGUAACAGAGAUAUGUACAGAAGCUACUAUCGGAGUACGAAAGAGACAUCUAAAAGAUAACAACAAAGAUGGACACCCUGGAUCCCUCUGCUCUCCCAGGUGCCACCACCGCCGUGACCUAUGACUCCAAAUCAGAGAUGGUGACCCUACCAGGAGGGGUUGUCUCCGUGGCAGGCAUCACCGUGAUAACCGGGGGCGCUGAACUGUCCUGUGGCUCCUGCAUGCUAGCCUUUGGUGUUUGGGGCACUCUGAUUGGCCUAAGCGUGGUUGCCCUGGGUAUCUGGGACCAAUCAGUGCAGGUCGGGGGCCGGACCUCGCACCUCCUGGGGCUGGGAUUGGUGGUUCUGGCUAUCAGUUUUGGGGUGGUGGGCAGUGUGGUGGGCUUUCGCUUCCUGACGAAGAGGGGAGAUAUAACGAGGGAGGAGAGGGAGGAUGGGAAGGUGGUGCUCAUAGGGGAGAGAGGGAGGAGUGUUAAAAAAACUGUGACUGUGUAAAAAAAAAAAAAAAAAGAGGGGAUGAGAGAAAUACGUUUUCAAGUUAUGAUUAUUGCACGUAGUGGUCUGGCUGUGUUGCACACUGUCACACUUUAGUAUUAGUGGAAGAACAGUCAUGUUUUAUAUGUAUGUUAUGAAUUUGUUCCACACCAUAAAAAUGUAUUUUGGUUGAGUAAUUUGAAGAUUAAAUAUUUGACAAUCUCUG